GGGGCCAUUAUUUUUAGUUGACACUCCCGAUUUGGACAUAAAUGGGAUUGAGAUGGGACUGAAACGAAGAACGUCGUAUUUGUCGAAUCAUAAAGGGUUUUCAUUACGUUCGCUCGGUCGCAUCUUAGUCGAAGAAUUCACUAUCUCGUCAUGGCAGUCCCUGACAAAAUCGUCUCGGAGCUGGCCUCCUGGAUGAAGGACCAGAAGCUAGUGGCUCCCCAGAUGAAGGACGCCACAGCAUUCUACAGGAAUCUUGAGGAAGCUCUGGAUGUUCGACGAUCCACCCAGUCCAUGAACACCCGAGGACAGAAUACAUGGAAGGAUGGGAGCGCCAUCGACUUCUGCUCCAACGACCUUCUGUCCUUGGGACGCACUGGAGAAUUGAGAACUGAGUUCCUCUCAGAACUUGCCAAAUACCCCGACUUUGCGCUGUACUCAGGUGGAUCGCGUGUGCUGGGUGGCAACUACGACUACAUCGAGAAGGUGGAGCAGGAAAUCGCUGACUUCCUCGGUGCAGAGACCGCUCUCAUGUUCGACUCAGGAUUCAAUGGAAAUGUUGCUAUCUACACUUCUAUUCCUCGUCCUGGAGACGCCAUUGUGUACGAUGAGCUGGUUCACUUGAGCACACACACCGGUAUGGCCGCGUCGUUGGCUGCGACUAAGGUUGCUUUCCGUCACAACGACAUCGAUGCCUUUCGUGAGGCAAUGAUUUCCGUUAUGGAGUCUCAGCCCAUGAUCCAGGAUGGUUCGCGCUCUAUUCUUGUUUCUGUCGAGUCGGUAUACAGCAUGGAUGGCGAUGUUUGCCCUCUCGUGGAGAUGCUCGAGAUUGCCAGGGAGAUUUGCCCUAAGAAAAACUUCGCCUUCAUUACGGACGAGGCUCAUGCAACUGGAAUUAUUGGUCCCAAGGGUGUUGGUCUUGUUAAGCACCUCGGUCUUGAGAAAGAGAUUGCCGUUCGCCUGAACACAUCUGGAAAGGCUCUAGCCUGCACUGGAUCGGUGGUUCUUGGAAGCGCCACUGUCCGAAACGCAAUGCUGAACUUUGCUGGCUCUGUGACAAAUACCACAGCUCCCUCCUUCCCUUCUGUUGCCGUUGUUCGAUCGGCUUAUAACUUGCUGCGGACUGGUGCUACCCAGAAGGCUCAAGACAACAUCCAGCAUCUGGUAAGAUACUUCUUCAAGAGCGUCAGCUCCCACACUCUUUGGGACCAAGCGAACGAUAUGGGUCUUCUUUCCAUUCCCAUCAUCGAGGAAUCAAAGGAUCGCGAUUUCGUGACGCACAUCGUUCCAAUCUGGACCAGACAAAAGUACAACUGGUGGCUGUUCUUCCACCUGCAACUGGCUAAGAUCGCCGUUGUUCCCAUCAAUUAUCCCCAGGUUCCCAAAGGUAAGGCUCGCCUAAGAAUCAUGAUUCACGCUACAAACACUGAAUCAGAGGUCGAUUACCUUGUUUCUAUGAUUUACGGCUUCGUUAAGGAGAUGAUGGAUAUCGAGGAGAGUGGGGAGAAGGGAAAGAUUCCCAAGGCUGCGCAGAAGAUUUACGCGUUGAUGGCCGCAAAUGCGUAAGGCACGGGCUAUGUUGACAACGCCCUAUAUAAGGGGUUUUGAGGGGCAAGAAAGUAUAAUCACCUAUAGAUACUGCUAGAUUUGAAACGCGGUAAAGCGUGUUGGAGCCAAGCCCAGUUAUGAAAAAUGUCGUGUUUGCAGGGUCAGUGAACUAUGACAAAGCGAGAGAAGUGCCCAUGGACUGGGAUUUUAUCUUCAGCUGUGGUACAGGGUGGGGUUAGACCCUCUCGCCCGGACUGAGAGGACCCUGUUGCCUGAGCGGUUGCGGGAACAUAAAUGGGAGUAACUCCUAUAUAGAUUAUCAACCCAUAUUCUCUAGGGGAAUCGUGAAAAUAUGCCAUCGAUAAUUCGGUUUCGUAUAUAUUCAAAUUAUAUAAAGUAUGAGGCUUUCAAUAUAAGAUAGAUAGAGACGUACCUGUGAUAAAGCGAAAGGUAUUAAUAUUUUUUUUUUCAAGCAGAAUAAGCUUAAUCUUAUUCUAAAACUUUACUCAUUCGC